AUGGCGUCACCACCGCACCAGGAAGGAGAGCGGUCCCCUUCCUUCGCUCCUUCCGUGCUAAUGCCCGCCUCGGAAACGACUGUGCUUUCUUCUGAAGCCUUCUGGAAAGCGACGUCCACGAAAAUCUGUCAUUCUCUCCUUGCUCCGAGAAGACACCGGUUCUGGAUGCGCCGUGUCCGGGGAGCUGCAUCCCUUGCAGAGGGCGCGUGUGGCGCGUCAACUCUCGAUCUUUCACAACCAGAAGAAAAACGAAAGCGUGCAAAUCCGCUUUCCCCCCAUCCAAAGAAGGAGCCUGCGUCGGCUAGCCAAUCACGGGGAGACUCGAAUCCUCAGCUGCCAAGAGAUCACGCAGAUGUUGAGAGCGGCGGCGGAAACGGUCUCUCUCUGAAGACUCCCUGGCGUGCAGUGCCCCGAGGGAAUUCGCACUCUUUAGCAACCGCCGCUUCGCCCCAGCAGGAGGCGGGUCUCGAAGGCGAAGACCUGAAAGUCGAAGAAGCGUGUAGAGAAGAGGAAGACAAGUCGGGAGAGGAAAAGAGAGAAUGUCAAUCAGGAGAGGAAGAUGAAGUCAAACAACUUGUCGGGGAAGUGCGCCUGGGGAACGCCAUCUUCAGGGGCGUUGUGACCAGUCGCGACACGGGAGUCAAUGUGAUUGAAGAUAAAGGAGAAGCCCGGUUUUUAGCGCCGGGGCCCAGAGAGGGACAGGAGGAGGAGACUGUCCUGCUCAAGUACGAGGGAGAAUUCCACUCUUCGAGGAUGGAAGGAGAGGGGCGAUUCACCUGGCAGGAUGGAGCUGUGUACACCGGCCAAUUUCACAUUGUAGGGACGUGGCUAAACAAUUUGCGACACGGUUGGGGAAGGCAGCGCUACUCUGGAGGCGUCUACGAGGGUCAGUGGAAGGCGGGCGUGAGGCAUGGCACAGGUCACAUGGAAUGGACCAAUCUGAACACUCAGUAUGCCGGCGAGUGGAACGAAGGCCUUCCUCAUGGCUGGGGCGUUCAGGCGUGGACACAAGGAAACUCCGCAGAGAGCAGUGCAGAGAGCGACGAGGACGUGGCCGAGAGUCAGUUGCGACUGAAUCGCUAUGAGGGGCAGUUCAAGAACGGCGUCAGAGAAGGAUUUGGUCUUUUCUGGUACGCGAACGGGAGUCGAUACGAAGGCUGCUGGCGUAACAACAAAAAGCACGGCCGAGCCCACUACGUCAACGAAGCAGGCUGCGUGCAUGAAGCUCUCUUUGAGAACGAUCGGAUCGUCAGCGUCAGUCAGCGGUUCACUGCUCAAGAGGGCAGCCUCAAGUCGCUGUCUUUGUCUUCUUCCAGUGUGUCCAGAAAGCCGUUUUUCCCCCUCCCGAGUUCGUUUGGAACGUCGUGUCUCUCCCCUUCUUUCCCGUCGGGAACCGCGCAGAGGAAUCUUUUUUCCACCGUUGCCACGAGUUCGGCGAGAAUGCUCGUCUCCCUCGACGACAUUUUCCUCCUUGAGUUGUGUCGAACCCCCGAGCGUCAGCCUCGCCCUUCUUCGACAAAAAACGCAAGGAGCAUAGAGAAUUCUCCACGGUGUCCGGAGGCAACGAAUGAGUCUGCCUGCGACUGCAGCGGAACCAGGGAACGCGGCGCCAAACGAGGGACCAGCUGGGACGCCGAGCUUAAGAUGGUGAACUCGCUCAGUUCACAGGAAGAGGCGGAGCGAUCGCUCUGUGGAACGUACAAGUGGAUUCUGCGAAACCUCAAGACGCUUCGGCGCGCUUACGCGCUUUAUCGCAGAAUUGCACGCUUUCCGGGACAGGAUCCUCUAUCUAUGUCUUUCCUUCAAUUCUGGAUUCUCGCGGCGGAUGCACGGCUUCUCGGAGCAGAUAGACCCCUGAGCCGGGUUCUCAGGGCUCUCGAGGUGGCGACGCAGUUCGCACCUACUCCGUCGGACUGUUUGAAUUUCGCAAAAAGGAACAUCCCCUCUCUGGAUUUUGAUCCCUCCCCGGCAGCUGAGUCUUCGGGCGACGCACGGACUCUUACGCUUUCCACGGACGCUGCAAACAGGAGUGUCUCUUCAGAGGCAGCCUCGGGCCUUUUAGCGUGCGCGGGGAACGGGACUGAGACGGAGGGGGUCGACGACUCUGGAGCAAAACAGUGUCGAAAAGAUCUUGGAGAAACGAUCGGCGACAGCAGCGGCGGAGGGGCCGGAAACCGUUGUUUUGCUCUCAACAAGGGGAGUGUUGGAACCAGGAAAAGUGAUGGGUUUCUCUCUGGCUUCGGUUCCGACACGGCUGCCUCGCUUUCGCAGCCAGAUGCAGGCUCGUUGUCUUUGAGAGAGCAAUCCACACUCACACUUGCGCACGCGCUCGGGACGCCGGAAUUCGAGGUUGUGGAACGAAGGCCUUUGCUCCUCUCUUCCUUUCUGCGGAGUCUCGUUCUUCUUGCCCAAGACCAGCUUCUUCACGAAGAAGCAGUGAACGACAACGCUGCGGCGCUGACCCCCUCGGGCUGUUUUCCGGCACCGAAAAAGUCUCUAGACCUCGCGCUCUCCAGCUUUACUGUCUCUCUGCUGCAAUUCUAUGAAACGUGCUCCAGCAACGUGGGGGGAGGGAGCAGAAAAGGAAGUCUCUGUAGUCCUGCAAUGCGGAGAAACAGCAGCGUGUGCAGUCGCAGCGGUCGAAAGCGAAGCAGCAGCCUCGCCAGCAGGCGGAGCAGCCUCAGCCGAAAAAUGGCAUCUCCACACACGUUUAAGUCGCCCUCUCUAGACGCCUUCAAACCUUUCACGGACCCCGAUGUCCUUCAAGCCUUUGCACCGUUGCGGCCAUUCCUCGCUCGUAACUUCGCCCUCGUGCCGAUCGACGCUCGACCGGCCUGCACAUGUGAACCGGAGCGGCCAGGCAACUCCAGCGAAAAGCUGAAAGGGGAAGAACAGCCGCCCCACACGACGGAACAGCAAGGUGCUCAACCCACCGACCUGGGGCCCGCGUCUGGGGCUCCGUCGCCACCGUCAGGGCGACCGGUGCGAGGCGCAAACGCGGAGACACUUGCGGCCGGCUGCCGAACCUCUGAGAAAUCCCGACGACGGCUUAGUGCAGCCCCUGGACCUUCAGACGCAAAGGCGAAAAACCAAGCCGCGCGACCGGCCCCGGCGGCUCCGGACCCCGAGCCGGUCGCGCCUCCAAAGGAGACAGAAGGCCUUACGAACCACCAGACGUCAGGAACUCCCGGCACAGAGCCAAAGGAGACAUGCGAAGAAGAAAGACGAAAUCCAAUCUCCCUUAGGUCGCUCUUGGGCGAUGCGUUCAAGGGCACUUCUCUGGCCGUGACUCCUCUCGAGGUUCUGUACUUUCUGUUCCAUUUCCUGCCGGAGUUCCAAGACCAAGAGGAAGCUCUUGCAGCUUUUCAUGAGCUUCGGGAAGAAAAGAAGAAGCGGCGACUCCAGAAAGCGACGAAGUCGCCCUCGGCGUUAGACGCCGUUUCGAACGAUGCUACGCCCGCGUCGCGUCCUCUCGUCUCUCCACGGCCAGGUGGCUUCUAUCCUCGGCAAGGAAAUCAUGAUUUCGAAGAGCCUCAAGUUGCGCCUCUCGCGGAGUCUCCCCCCACGCAUGCGCCUCUAGGUCCGAAGCUGAAACCGGUUACCUCAGAUCCAAAACGCGGCGGCAAAGACGGGAAAUCCGCCUCUGCCCGCCCCGCAGGUGGCCGCCGACCUCUCGGCUCUGAGGCGUUCAGUCCUUCGUCUCCGCAAGGCAGCAGAAGGGAAGAAAAACACGAGGGGAAAUCGCGACUUGAGAACUCAGGCAGAAGACGGACGGGUCCUCGCGUCACAAUCACGAACGUUCCCAGCGUCAUCCUGGAGGAGAACGCCCAUGACUCGUCCCCUUCAUCACGGCGGGGAUGCGAUAAACCAGAGAGUCUCGGCCACAGCGUCGGCGCGGAUCCGUACAGCGGCUGUUCUAAAGACUUCGCGAGUGGGAAAUCCGAACCGAAGAACGCAAAUGCGAUCCGGGGCACAACUCUGGAGGGACAGAGUGGCGCCCCUCUGACGGGGACAGAGGAAACCCGUCGCGAGGUGUCGGAUUUCAGAAGCAACGAGCGUCCACUGAAAACUCAGGCGUUAGGAAAGCAAAACUGGCCACGGCCGUUUGCCACAGCAGCGAUCGAAAAGAGCUACCGCAAACAGCUCCGGAAAAUCCUCGGGAAACGAUCCUCGUCCUGGAUGGAUCUCGCCUACCGGGAGGUGACUGCCAUCGAGGUGAUGGUGGUGCUCCUCAAAAUCGUCGAGUUCAAGACACCUGCCUGCCUGGCGGCGCACUUGCCGCUCUCUGUCCGUCUGUCGAUCCUCGUCUCGGCGAUAGCCGCACACGAGAUGGCGCGAAACGCCUCUGCCGACAGCGGUUCACAGAAGUGCUGGCCUCGCCCGUCACUGAAGAAUCACCCUUUUGCUCCCCUCUUGAGUCUUCUUUCUUCACAAGAGUCGUCCGACCUGCCUGUACACCUCGCGUCCUUCAUCUCACAAACUCCGGAGCACGUCCCGCCCAAGAGUCCGGAGCGAGACGGCGACGCGCGCGUCGAACCUGCCUUCCAAGAUUUCCUUUCUCAAAAGAGUGUUGCAAUGCCACUCGCACCUUCUGCGCAGCAAAACAAUCAGCUCUUUGCAAUCGUACCCCCUACAGGGCGUGCUUUGUCGCCUAUUGCCCGGUCGCCAAGCGCGACAGACAAGCGGAGUGAGUUGGCCUCGGGUGCCGUCAACGACGCGGCGAUUUCUUCUGAAAGCGGUGAACGGGAAUCCUCAAUCUCUUUUUUCUGGGAGGGUUUCGACACCACUCAGUGCCUACCCCGAAUCUGUGAAGGGAAAGAAUGUGGGAAGUUCGCGGUACUGGACGCACCGCUUGUGUACGUCGAGAGCGAAGACGACCAAUCGAAAGAGGGAAAAGAGAUCGGUGUCGGAGACGACACGAGUCCCUCAGAGCAAAGUGGCUCAGACCGAGACGAGACGUCUGAAAAUACUUAA